UCCAACUCGCCCCGAAUACAUGCUCACUGUCUGACGCCGUGACCUAACCAAACGUAACCCUAAGGGUCCUCGUUAAAUACAUCGCUUUAACUCAAACCGGGAACGAUAGAAAACGUGUGACUACGUCGCUAAUGUAAAUGGCUAGCACAUUAAUAAUAGUACGAUAUUUUUGCGCGCGUCUCUCACUGGACGUUUUCACGUCAGGUGGUGCUUUCCAAGUCAUGAAGAGGUGAAUCCCCCAGUCUACAGUUUUGGGAGCUACUUAAGCACCGGCGUUCAGGCGAUUAACCGAGUCAGCGUGGGCUCUCUGUGGCGUUUUGAGUGUCAGUAACUAAACUGACAUCUUCUUAUCAUGCCUGGCCAGAAAUGAAUCCUGAUUCAGCGCUCGGCUCACACAGAAUCGCGCGCAGAGAGAACUUUGCUUUGGAACUCCUGUGCGGUGGAAACGGAACGCGCAACGGCAGCGCGCGAAGGAUCAACAACUUUCCUCAGAAGCAACGCUAACGUCCUUCCUAUGUCGCUUCAAAUCCUUCCAUGUCACCAGUUAUUGUUGCUUUAAUUGGACGAGAAUGUUUCAGAGACCGUGUCUGCUCAUACUCGAGGAAAACAUCGUUGGUAAGCCUUGAGAAGCGGAUAUUAAAUGACUUUUAUGCGCCUCAGACUCGCGUCCUCGUCAGGUGGACUGUGAAGAGACAGAAGAGGAAUGUUUAUCCGAAAUUUAUCGCCGUUUAGUUUGGGUUUUUUGCCGUUUUUGAUAAGUCACUGUUUUCUCUCACUGUUUCUUCCGUUAUUUCAGUUUGCGAGAGGGGAGCUCCAGAAAUCAUGCUCCCGAACCACAGUGGCACCGCUGGAAGCGAGCUGCCAGUUGCCAUGCCAGUGUAGGCCCUACCCACCAUUACCCCCUCCACCCCCUCCUCCACCACCCCCAAGGCUUCUGGCUCCAACUGUGGCUCCCUCCACGGUAUCCCCCAUAACACCAUGGAGGAAAGAGAUGGAGAUCUUAGUACUGGGGACAGUAAGCUGUGCAUCUGUGGUCUUCCUCCUCCUGACUGCCAUCAUUUGCUACAAGGCCAUCAAGAGGAAACCCCUUCGAAAAGAAGAGAACGGCACAAGCCGAGGGGAGUAUGCCAUGAGCUCACGCUGUAAACAGCAGGUAGUGGAAACCAAUAACACUGGAGUAUAGUGGCCAUGCUACAGCUGAACACUCUGUACCCUACAGCACCACCAUCUCUGUUUGGGUUUAUGAGAUGGACGCAAGGUAUAUUAUGAAUUUAGGAAUGGUAAACCUCAUGGCUGCCCUUCUUGGGACAUAAAAUGGUUUAAAGAAAAGACAAAAGUGAAUAUGUAAUGACUGAUGUGUACAGGCAAGUAUAAGCAGGUUUUUGAGGAGACAUGGAAAUUCUUAGCGAUGUUGGCAGCUGCACGAGUAUCACAAGACUCAACCUGGCGGCCCCCCGGGGCCCCUUUGAGGACAGUAUACAACACCAACAAUUAAAUAAACGCAUGCACUUUCUGUCGAAUGCAAUGAUGUUUUAAAAUUCCUGUCUUCUCUUGUCUUUAUCUCUGUCUUUGCAGUGUUUCUCAUUUAACAUUAAGGGUCCUCUCACCUCAUGUAGAUUGUGUGAGUGUUUAAUGGUUAAAUGACUGCAUUGGCCCCAUUGUUUUGAUACAAUCAACAAAAGGGAUCGGAUGAUCCUGUAUUUUGUGCAGCAAAAUAUACAAUGGAGAAUAACAAGGGUUUUCCUUAAUCACCCAGAAAUUUAUUGCGGUUUGUGUUACUAUGCAAUUGGAAAGGAUUGAGUUCUUGAGGUGCAUGUUUAGAAUACAAAAAAUACAAGGCUAGAGUUAGCAUUGCUGAUAAUUAGCAGCUUGUAGUUUGAUCGUAAUAUACAUUUGCAUUCAAAUUUGUCUGAUGGUGUAGCCCACAUGUGAAAGAUAUCGAAUUAUAAAUACAGUAAAAAACAACAACAGGCAUGAUGGACUAGUUUUAGGAAAGGAUUGAUGAAUAAUUUCAUGUUUUGGCUGAUAAAUAGCUGAUAUUAAAAUCUGUUCUAUUUUGUCAAAAAAUUAAAUGCACCACAAACUGCAAUGUCUGUAUGCAUAGACAACAGUAUGUACAGUAUGAAAUAUGGAUAACUCUUUAUUUUGAGAUGAAUAAUUGAUUGAUUAGUUGAGAUUUUAAAAAUCAUAACAGAGUAUAGGAAAAGCACCCUUUAGGUAUAGGAAAGCACCCUUUAGGAAACAGUGCUAUUAAAGGGUAAAUCAUUGCCAUGAUGUUUUUAAGUUGGUUGUAGACAAAAGACAUGACAAAACAAAGUGUUCACAAUUGAAUAUCCAUUAUCUGCCAAUAAAUAUCCAAUAUGUACACACAUGCUUAUUAAAAACUGACUCAUGUUCUCUUAUAAGAGAUAUGGUCCUGAUAUAUGGUGCAUCAUUCUUUGACUAGUUUGGCUUUCUGUGUAACAUUAAUAUGUACACAAUAUGAUGGAUGUGCAAUAUCGGUUUACCCUUUCACAAUUAGUCAUGAUGUGUUCAUGAAAGUGAUCCAUAAUAUUGCAAUUCAUAAUAUAUAUAUAUAAAAAAAAACAAUGGGAAAUAUAUAGAUUUUACAUUAGUCAGUCAUUACAUCAAAUCAGUAUGGUUAAUACAGUAAAACAGAAAACAGUUAUUUGGUUAUUGAUUCACAUCAGCAUUUGUUGUUCAUCUCUUUGAAAUCAUUCUAGAUUCACAUCAAAUCUCUUCUUGACCUUUUUUGGCAACUCAUAAAAACUAGGAUGUUACAAGCUUUUACAAAGAUGGUUAAAGCUAUUUUUAAACUCAUUAAUACUGUGAUUUAAAAAUGUAUCAAGGUGAUUCAUCAAACAAGCUAAACUCUACAUUUAGCUUGUAUCACUUUAGAUCCUCUCUAUUGUUUCAUUUAUUUUCAUUGGAACUGUAUAUUGAACGUGUCUAGAUCCCCCCCCCCCCCCCCCCCACCUCUUUUUUAUAAACAGGAGCUUGUUGUAGAAAACAGUGAGGCACUGCUCAUGCAUAGUAACACUGAACUAUGAAUCAUACUGAGCAAUGAUGUUUACAUAACAUAAAAGCUUGUGUGAACAAAUAUCCCUCUUCAUAUUCUGUAAAACAUCCUCACAAACUACUGUACAGUCAUUCACUCGUUCAACAAGAUACAUGUGUAUUAUACUGUACAUAAUAUACUGUAUAAGGUACUCAGAAGUGUAUUGCAUGAAUGUACAUAUCAAUAUUUGCCUUCUUGACAGUCUAUUGUGUGUACAGAGUAAGAGAAAAUGUUUAUAGGGAUAAGUAUAAGUCGAUGUGUCGUCAGAACAGAUAAGUGUUAUAGUUUGUCUGGAACAAGCCAUUAAUGUAUAUUUGAGUAAUCAGAGGUUGUUGCACAAUGUAUGCAUCACAUACCAAAAUGUAAAACUACUAUAUAUUGUGCAUUGAACUAAUUUAAUUGCAACUUGCUGACUUUUUUAGUUUUAAAUAAAAUUGUACUACUGAAUCAUA